GAAACAAUCUGAGCUGCAGCAGCUCCGUGAAGAGAGGCAGAGGAUCCAGAACAACCUGCAGACCGUGAAGAAAGAGCUGGAGAACAAACACAAAGAGACAAUCCAAGCCAACCUAGCCCAGUCUACCUGGUGGCCUUCGAGUGGCAGCAAAGAAGAAGAGCAGAAGAAGAAUAAAGCUGAGCAGGAAGUGGAGACACUGAAGAAGAAGCUGGAGACUCAUCAGAAGGAAUUAGACACCAAAAUCAAACAGGUUGAAGACAAACAAGCUGAAGUCCAGCAGCUCCAGGAUGAGAUUCAGAGGAUGGUGGAGACAAACCUGCAGACCCUGAUGGAGUCCAACAACAAGGAGUUGGAAAGGAGACAAGCUGCUCCGGUCCGGUCUCCUUCAUCUGGGUGGGAAAAGAAGCUCAAGGAGGAGAAGAAGAAAAGGGAGGAAGCUGAGAAAAAAGAGAACGCAAAGAAGGAGCUGAAGAACAGGGUUGCAGUGGAGGAGAACAACACCAGCUCGGCCAAUCAGAGCUCAACCACAGUACCCGACGUUGAGGUCGACCAACACGGCAAAUAUAUUCGUCUCAGAAACUGGUCCAAUGAGGAGCAACAACUGGGAGGAUGGAGGUUAGGAGUCCGGUUAAAUGAGACAGAACCCAUCAUGUACACAUUUGAGUACUCAUUCAAACUACAGGCUGGAAACACUGUCACUUUGUGGGCUCCAGGUUGUGGUACCCAUUAUCCUCCCACUGACCUGUUGUGGAGAGACCUGAAGUUGAGCCCUGGAGACAAACUGCAGGUCACUCUCAUCAGCAACACUGGAGACAUUCACCAUAACUCAGAUCAUAUUAUCUCUGGAAGAUAAUAUUUAUUAGACAAUAUUAUUUUAUUUUAUAGACAUAUAUUUUAUUGUGAAAUCAACAACAUUUGAUCUUUUAUAUUUUAUGUUUGUUUAAAAUGAGGCAACAGGUUUGCUUUUAUUUUUUGCUACUCUUCAUUGAUUAGUAAGAAUAAAAAUCUUAAAUAUUGAAUUGCUAGCCACGGGGUUAGGACUGAAGGUAAAAUAAACUGGAAUGCAACUUUUGUUCUGUAUUUUUACUGAAUUGAAUCUAUAUGUUAACAUUUAUUCUCCAUUGACACACACAGUUUCUGGUUU